AAAGUGCACCAAUUGGCGCAUAUCUUACUGCGGAACUGCGCCGGUGUGUGACCAAUGAGGAAUCGGCUCCGUUACAUCCGGGCUCUACAACAGUGGCAGUCAUGGCGCCACCCGUGAGAUAUUGCAUCCCUGGCGAACGUCUGUGCAAUUUGGAGGAGGGCAGCCCUGGCAGCGGCACCUAUACCCGGCACGGCUACAUCUUUUCGUCGCUUGCGGGCUGCCUGACGAAGAGCAGCGAGAACGGCGCGCUUCCUGUGGUGUCUGUGAUGAGAGAAACAGAGUCCCAAUUACUUCCAGAUGUGGGAACUAUUGUAACCUGUAAGGUCUCUAGCAUCAAUUCACGCUUUGCCAAAGUGCACAUCCUAUAUGUGGGGUCCACACCACUUAAGAACUCCUUUCGAGGAACUAUCAGAAAGGAAGAUGUCCGAGCAACUGAAAAAGACAAGGUUGAAAUUUAUAAGAGUUUCCGCCCAGGUGACAUUGUUUUGGCCAAAGUGAUCUCUUUAGGUGAUGCACAGUCCAACUAUCUGCUGACCACUGCCGAAAAUGAGCUGGGAGUGGUGGUGGCCCACAGUGAAUCAGGUGUCCAGAUGGUUCCCAUCAGUUGGUGUGAGAUGCAGUGUCCUAAGACCCACACUAAAGAAUUCCGGAAAGUGGCUAGAGUUCAGCCUGAAUUUUUGCAGACCUAAGAUGCUGCAUAUUACCCCAUGGAGGGGGUAAGCUAUUUCCAAGAGUAUGUGAUGAAAAUAACAUCAAGAUGCCAUGGUCUUUAUUCAGAUACCUGGGGUCAGCCAAUGACCACCUCUAGAAAAAUCUGCCAGUAAUUUAUAUAGGUGGAACAUAAUUUUUGUGAACCUUUUAGUAAAUUGGAUUCUUGAGGAUAAAGCUUCUCUUAGGGGGAUACCAACAAACUGUAACUUUGGAGGUAGCCUGAUAGGCCUUUUAAGUAUAUAUUUUUUGCUGUGACAAAGAAAACAUUUUUAUUAAAAAGAUUUUAUGGUUUCUGUUGUCUUGAACAGGUGAAGGUAUCUAAACAGUGUCAGUUAUUAGAUUAGGGGUUUGUUUGCCACAUAGCACCCAUUAACUGACGUGUCAGCUGCUUGCUUGCUCUAGACAAAAGCCUGAUUGUUGAUCUCUUGUAUUUUUUGUGUCGUUUUAUAUGCUUCUGCUUUCUAGGUGCCUAACACUGGAUCAAGCACUUUAUACACCCCUCUGUUAGGUACAUUAUAGAAUGUAUGUAGUGGAUCAGGUAGCAUGUGAGUAGUUUGGUAAACACACUGAUAGUGGGUAUUCCAGAAAAUGUUUUUUGCUUAAAAAGGACAAAGCAGUAUCAUGCAAGAUAGCCAGGGAAGGAUUUGUGUGACAUGAGAUCAAAAGGAAUUAAAGAGCUUGGUAUAUGAAGUUGUCUAGGCAGAGAGAAGCCCCAGCAAAGUACAGAAGCAAAAAUGAUGGCAUUAGUUUGAAGAUGAGAGAGAUAAGUUAAGCAUGAAGAGGCUGCAGAGGACAUUGGAAGGAAAGAUGAACAUGAGAUGGUUCUUCUUGGAGAUGUUGCUCAAAAGCCCAUGACUCCAAUGUGUGCUGACAGUGAUGGAGGGUGAGCUUUGGAGACAGUCCACCUAACUUUAUGCCCUCUAGUUACUAACCUUCAACAGAUUAGGGAGUUUUUUGGUUUUAUUGAAAAUUUUGUUGGCGGGGGGGCUGGGGUUGUGGCUCAGUGGAAGAGUGCUUGGCUAGCAUGUUGGAGGCAACUGGGUUCAAUCAUCAGCACAUUGAAAAACAAUAAAUGAAUAAAAUAUUGUGUUCACCUACAACUAAAAAAAAUUAAAGAAAAUUUCCCUGAGGUAACUGUAGGUCCACAUGCAGUUUUCUUGUUUGCUUGGCUGAUUCUGUUAUUUUGGGCAGUGGUGGGGAUGGAGCCCAGGCCUUUGUGUGUGCCAAGUACACACUCUACCACUGAUCUACUUCCCUAGCAUGUGCAAGGCCCUGGGUUCCAACUCUAGCACCAGAACAAAAAAGAAAUAAAAUCUCCAGCCCUGCAAAAAAGAAUGAAUACAGAGAUCCUGUGUACACUUGGCCUAUUUUCUCCCACUUAUAUAUGACAUUUUGCAAAAUUAUAAUUGCUCAUUGGUAGAGCACUUGUCUAACCUAUGAGAGGCCCCGGGUUCCAUGUCCAGCACUACCUAAAAAACUAAUAAACACCAGCAUGUUGACAUUGAUAUUAA